GAUAGCAGGCGGCCAUCUUGCCUGGAGCCUGAGAAAGGGAGGAGAGACAGAAGGAACCGGCGACAGUGGUCUCAGGGCCGCCCCGGGGGGCCUCAAGAACCGGAGGCAGCCCCGGAGGCUCCCGCGGGCGGAGGCGCCAGAGGAGGAGGCCAGGGAAUGGCCGCGGUGUGGCAGCAAGUCUUAGCAGUGGACGCGAGGUACAACGCGUACCGCACACCAACGUUUCCACAGUUUCGGACGCAGUAUAUCCGCCGGCGCAGCCAGCUGCUGCGGGAGAAUGCCAAGGCUGGGCACCCCCCAGCACUGCGUCGGCAGUACCUGAGGCUUCGGGGGCAGCUGCUGGGCCAGCGCUACGGGCCCCUCUCCGAGCCAGGCAGUGCUCGUGCCUAUAGCAACAGCAUCGUCCGCAGUAGCCGCACUACCCUUGACCGCAUGGAGGACUUUGAGGAUGAUCCUCGGGCCCUAGGGGCUCGUGGGCACCGCCGUUCUGUCAGCCGAGGCUCCUACCAGCUGCAAGCACAGAUGAACCGUGCCGUCUAUGAGGACAGGCCCCCUGGCAGCGUGGUGCCCACGUCAGCGGCAGAGGCAAGCCGGGCCAUGGCCGGGGACACAUCACUGAGCGAGAACUAUGCCUUUGCAGGCAUGUACCAUGUUUUUGACCAGCACGUGGAUGAAGCAGUUCCACGAGUACGCUUCGCCAAUGAUGACCGGCACCGCCUGGCCUGCUGCUCACUCGACGGCAGCAUCUCCCUGUGCCAGCUGGUGCCCGCCCCGCCCACGGUGCUUCGUGUCCUACGGGGCCACACCCGUGGUGUCUCCGACUUCGCCUGGUCCCUCUCCAAUGACAUCCUCGUAUCCACCUCACUUGAUGCUACCAUGCGCAUCUGGGCCUCUGAAGAUGGCCGCUGCAUCCGGGAGAUCCCUGACCCCGAUGGUGCUGAACUGCUCUGCUGUACCUUCCAGCCUGUCAACAACAACCUCACCGUGGUGGGAAACGCCAAGCACAACGUGCAUGUCAUGAACAUCUCCACGGGCAAGAAAGUGAAGGGGGGCUCCAGCAAGCUGACAGGCCGUGUCCUCGCUCUGUCCUUCGAUGCCCCUGGCCGGCUGCUCUGGGCGGGUGAUGACCGUGGCAGUAUCUUCUCCUUCCUCUUCGACAUGGCCACGGGGAAGCUGACCAAAGCCAAGCGUCUGGUGGUGCAUGAGGGGAGUCCUGUGACCAGCAUCUCAGCCCGGUCCUGGGUCAGCCGUGAGGCCCGGGACCCCUCGCUGCUCAUCAAUGCUUGCCUCAACAAGUUGCUGCUCUACAGAGUGGUAGACAACGAGGGGACCCUGCAGCUGAAGAGAAGCUUCCCCAUCGAGCAGAGCUCACACCCGGUGCGCAGCAUCUUCUGUCCCCUCAUGUCCUUCCGCCAGGGGGCCUGCGUGGUGACAGGCAGUGAGGACAUGUGCGUGCACUUCUUUGAUGUGGAACGGGCAGCCAAGGCUGCUGUCAACAAGCUGCAGGGCCACAGUGCGCCCGUGCUUGAUGUCAGCUUCAACUGCGACGAGAGCCUACUGGCCUCCAGUGACGCCAGCGGCAUGGUCAUCGUCUGGAGGCGGGAGCAGAAAUAGGGUCCUGCCAGCCCUGCUGCUGUCCACCAUCCCAUCCCUUUACUCCAGCCUCGUGUUGUAAAUAAAGCUUCAGUGGUUGUGCUGAGGGCCGGCUCCCAGCUCUGCCGGGGACUGGCAGGGGAGCAGGCAGCUCCAGGAACACGGUGGAA